CAUAUUGGAGAGCUUAACUCUGCUGGAUUUGUUAGUUACCGGGAGGGGGGUUUGUCUUACUGUGCAGCUUCUUUGGGGACAAUAGUCCCGCAACUUUAUGUGUCCCCUAGCGUAUACCUUACACCCAUAACAUCUAAGUAGUGUCUCUUGCACAAAACACUAAUUAUGACUUCUGUGAUCCAGCGGAAUUCUGGCCUGGUUCAGAGAAGAACCGAGGCCUCUCGCGGAGCUGCGGCUGCUGAUAAAGACAAGGCACUGGGAGAGGAUGACAAGAGCAGAAAAGAGGAUCAGGAUGAGGACGAGAAGGGAGAUUCUAAAGAGACACGAUUAACCCUGAUGGAAGAGGUGCUAUUACUUGGCUUAAAGGACAGAGAGGGUUACACUUCAUUUUGGAAUGAUUGCAUCUCUUCUGGUUUGCGUGGCUGUAUGUUAAUUGAGCUGGCUCUACGAGGACGGUUGCAGUUAGAGUCUUGUGGAAUGAGAAGGAAGAGUCUGCUAACAAGAAAGGUAAUAUGCAAGUCAGAUGCACCAACGGGUGAUGUUAUGCUUGAUGAGGCUCUCAAGCACAUCAAAGAGACACAACCUCCAGAAACAGUACAAAGCUGGAUUGAGCUAUUAAGUGGUGAGACGUGGAAUCCUCUAAAACUUCAUUAUCAGUUACGUAAUGUGCGUGAACGAUUGGCUAAAAAUCUGGUGGAAAAGGGUAUACUGACAACAGAGAAGCAGAACUUCCUACUGUUUGAUAUGACCACACAUCCCCUUACUAAUAAUAAUAUAAAGCAACGCCUUAUCAAAAAAGUACAAGAAGCAGUGCUGGAUAAGUGGGUCAAUGACCCUCAUCGUAUGGACAAACGCUUACUGGCUCUUAUUUACUUAGCUCAUGCCUCUGAUGUCCUUGAGAACGCUUUUGCCCCACUUCUAGAUGAGCAGUAUGACUUGGCUAUGAAAAGAGUAAGACAGCUGCUGGACUUGGACCCUGAAGCUGAAAGUAUGAAGGCCAACACAAAUGAGCUCCUCUGGGCUGUUGUAGCAGCUUUUACUAAAUAACUAAAUGAACUAACAAAUUUGUCUGUCUUUUGUUCUUUCCUAUCGAUCCUUAUGUUUCCCUUUCAAAAACGGUUUUCUUAAUCUUUGUUCUGUAGUUUUUUCCCUUCCAUUGGUGAGAUGAGAAGCUGUUUAUUGAUAAAAUUUGUCUACAGGAUUUUGGUGGCACUAAACUUACACAUACCGUAAAUUAAAAAAAAAAAAAAAGAAAUGUGCUCACUGCCACGUUGGCAUUCUGGCAUUUUAUUGUAGCUCACAAUGUAUUUAAUUUCAAGACUUUUACAUUGAACAGCUUAAUACUAGAUGCACUUUUCAACAGAUAAUUCUUCUGUACAGGAGAAUUAAAUUUUAGGUGGUUUCUUUGUGUUUAUUAUUGGAAUGCAGCAGCGUCUUUCAAUAGCACAAAAUAAAUGCCAAUACUCACAAUAAAGCCUUUAAACUCACCAAAGUUGAACAGAGUAUGAGAUUUGCCUGAAAAAACAUGCAGGUACUUUAAAUGCUUACUUAUACUGGCAAGCAUAAUGAUCAUAUCCUCAAGACUGAACAAGGUGUGUGAAUAGGUAUUCAUUUGAAUUGUCCAUAACUGCAUUUAUAUUUAUGUAAAUUUUGUACACUUGCAUUCACUGUAAUUAAGUCACUACAUAGCAAGUUCCUGGUAAAUUACUUUUGAGAAGUGAUUCUGGGCUAGGCUACAUUCCAGUAUGUUCUGUACAUAAUGUAACUUGUAUAGUAAUAAUUUCCCUUGUAUUAUUUUGCAACAGUUGGUUAUACACCUGAUGUCCUUCCCGUUUUCUUUCUGCCAUUAAUGUCUUGUUGAAAGGGACAGGCUUUUAUAUUUUAAAAAGCAUGUUUGUUAAUAUUGUAAUUUACCUUGAUGUGUUUGGAGAUGUACCAUUCCGGUAUUCUUUGCCUAUCCAUUUUUUAAAUUGUGUUGCAUCAGUCUCUUUCCAUUUUGUGUAAAAUCGUUUGUGAUCAGUAUGAACCAUCAGAGCAGUGUCUGACUUUAUACAUGCAAAAAAACAUUUUUUACAUCUUUAAUUUUAUAGUUUUUAGAAAAUUUUCCAGUACUGUCUCAAAUGACAGUGCACAAACUCUACAUUACCUUUGUCUUUAGCCAUAUGCAUUUCCUUUCUGUAUUGCAGAACAGUUCAGUCCUAUUAAAUUUCUUUUUUAAUAUAAUUGUUGCAUUUAAAUUUAUUGUAUAGUACAUUUCAACUUUUGGCUUUUAAAAUUGUUACCUCUGUACCUGUUUCACUUUUUACUGCUUCCAUUAUGAGAUUGUAACCAUCUCAUCUUUAAGCAUUGGUUUAAGGCAGAGCAAUGUUUACUGUCAUUGGGAUGGUACACAGGUGUUAUAACAUUUUAUUUACUAUAUUCAGAGGAAAGAUACUAGAUGGGUAUUUAACUGUAGAUUUGAGAUUUCAGUAAAUCUUUAAUCAGUAUAAUGGCUUUUUACCAUACAGUAAAUAAACUAUGAUCUUGAAAGUG